AUGCAGAGAGCAUCGCGUUUGAAGAGAGAGCUGAACCUGUUAGCCACAGAGCCGCCCCCAGGCAUCACAUGCUGGCAGAAUAAGGACCAGAUGAAUGAUCUGCAAGCUCAAAUAAUAGGUGGGAUCAAUACACCUUAUGAAAAAGGUGUUUUCAAGUUGGAAGUCAACGUUCCUGAGAGGUAUCCAUUUGAACCACCUCAGAUCCGAUUUCUGACUCCAAUCUACCAUCCAAAUAUUGAUUCUGCUGGAAGGAUUUGUCUAGAUGUUCUCAAGUUGCCGCCAAAAGGUGCCUGGAGACCAUCCCUCAACAUUUCAACUCUGUUGACUUCUAUCCAGCUGCUCAUGUCAGAACCCAACCCUGAUGACCCUCUCAUGGCUGAUAUAUCUGCAGAAUUUAAAUAUAAUAAACCAGUCUUCCUCAAGAAUGCCAGGGAGUGGACAGAGAAGCAUGCAAGACAGAAGGUUGAUGAGAAAGAGGCGCCCGAUAAUCUCUCAGAGACCAGUGAUUCCAGCGGACACAACUCAGCACCAAAAAGGAAAGCCACACAACUCGGAAGCACAGAAAAGAAGUUUUGCCCUGAUGUUUAG